UUUCUCUUUGAAAGAGCAUUGUUUUUAAGGAAAUUGUUUAAGUUGUGUGCAGAUGACAGAGGUGUGUAGUAGGCGGGUGAAGGUUUUUGUUGAUACUCCAAUCGACCCACUAUUACAAAAUUAUUUAAAUAGGUGUUGUUGUGUUUGGCUAACUUGAGACGACUGUUUGUGUAUAUCAUUUUUCUGCAGUUUCCUCUCAUACUCAAAAGUUUUUAACUAACUACAAACCAAUUUCGUUGACGAACGAAUUGAGACAAUUUGAUCGGAAUAGAAAACUACCAUUAGAUAAAUGUAAAUGUCUAAAGAUGAAUUGAAAUUUCAAAUGGAAUAUGCUUCCACAUACGAAGAUUGGCUUCAAGCCGCCGAGAAAUUGGACAUGGCAGAAGGAAAAUAUGAAUGGCGAGAACGACCGGAAUCGGACGAGUACAAUUACAAGCUAGUAGAAAGUAGGCUUCAUGAACUGAGGAAAAUUCGUCUUUCUGGAAAUGUGGGAGUCAUGUUUGGAGUUUUACGAAAUUCGGUUGCGAGAGACUUUGCAAACUUGGAUAAUGCUCAACUGUACAAUUAUGCAUAUUCUGGGACGAAAAGACUGAUUGAUGAAUUUAUCCAGGAAGUUCUGUUAUGCGUCGAGUUUCUGGAGGAGAGCCCGGAUGUUCCGAUAGAGCAGAAGCUGGUUGAGUUUUCGAAACUCAAGUUUACGGUUGGAAACACAGCUUUGAUAUUGAGUGGAGGGGGUACGUUUGGUAUGAAUCAUAUAGGUGUUUUGAAAGAUCUACAUGAACAAGGCCUGGUACCCAAGAUCAUAUGUGGCUCGUCCGCUGGAGCCAUAGUUGCAUGUGCGGCCGCAGUCCGAAACACGGAGGAACAAAAGCUGCUACUCAAGCAAUUCCACACAGGGGAUUUGAAUGUAUUCACCGAUCCGAAUCUCCCGCCGCUUUCCCUGUGGGCAAGUUUAAAACAGUACUUUACGAAGGGAUGCGUUUUGGACAUUCGUCAUUUAGAAAGAGUGAUGAAACUGUUGAUUGGUGAUUAUACGUUUCAAGAAGCAUUUGAUCGGUCAGGUUAUGUAUUAAAUGUUACAGUAUCGUGUGGCAGUUCGUAUGAGAUGCCGAGUUUGCUAAAUUACAUUACUACACCGAAUGUUCUGAUAUGGAGUGCAGUAGUGGCUACGUGUUCUAUACCAUUUUUGUUUCAGCCCGCGACGUUGUGGGAAAGAGACCCACUGACACGAGAAAUUGCUGCGUUUUGUGUUACGGAUGCACCUUUGUGGAUGGAUGGUUCGGUUGACAAUGAUAUUCCACAUUCGAAACUUACUGAACUAUUCCACGUGAACCAUUUUAUUGUGUCGCAAGUAAACUUUCACAUUGUACCCUUUAUCAUGGAUCCGACAUCUCACAGUUGGUGGGAACGAACAGCGAAGAAGACGAUUGAUUUAGCGGCACAGGAGGUGAGUCUUACAUUUCGACUGUUAUCAGAAUUGGGAAUUUUCCCGACGUUUUUUAGCAAGCUUCAGUCUGUGAUUACACAAAAAUACUCUGGAGACAUUACGAUUCUUCCAAAACUGAAUUAUCGACAAAUCAAAAAGGUAAUUCAAAAUCCAACCCCUUCGUUUCUACUGGAUGCCAUGACGAGAGGAAAACGAGGAACAUGGAAAAGGAUUCCAGUGACGCGAAACCAUUGUGCCAUUGAAAUUUUGAUUGAAAGUGCAUACACACGAAUUGUGAAAAAGCUACAAGCUCAAGGAAAAACAAAGCGAGAAAUUGAUAUGAUUCCAAAUUCCUUCAACGCAGGUCGCAUGAAUGCAUAUACAUGAACAAGGUUGCUACCUAUGAAUGUUGUUUUUCUUUUCUUUUCUUUUUUUUUUUUUUUUUUUAAAAAAAUUUUAUUUUACCUCUACCUCUUUACCUCUACC